GUCAGAGUCAUCAGAGAAAUAGCUCAGGAGGUGGCUCAGUCACUGUGGUUAACUAGCUUGGAAGAUCUCUCUCUUCUCUAGCUGUUCUAUGGACUGAGAGAGAGAGAGAGAGAGAGAGAGAGAGAGAGAGAGAGAGAGAGUAGGUGAGUAAAGCUUUUAGGUCUCUGUUAAAGCUAGAAGCAUUUUCUUGCAGAAAUGUAUUGCUGUUUUUAAAGUUUCUUCUUCUUCUUCUUCUAUUCAAGCUUUUUGCUUGUGAUCUUUUAAGUUUCUAUAUGACUUUGUAACAGUUGUAUAACAGCAUCUGUCAGAGAAGAAAUGAAGGCAUGGCUAACAAUUGUGUUAUAUAUUCAACAUCUGAGAAGAAUCCAAAUUGCUUCUCUCCCUCUUCUUCUUCUUCUUCUUCUGGGAUGGUUCUUGUUGACAUUGCUUCUCUUUCUCUUAGUCCCAGCUAUGGAGUGAUACCACCUUCUUCUUCUUCUUCUUCUUCUUCGAUGGAAACUGGGAGAGGCUCUUGGGUUUUUUCUUUAAUGGGGAAAGGUUCUGAUUGUAGUGAUGUGUUUUUAGAGAACAAUGACACUGAAAAUCACAAUGCGAACUCAAACGAUGAGAACCCUAACAAUGAAAAUAUCAACAGUGGGAAGGAAACAGAUAGUGGACAGUCAAAGCUCUGUGCAAGAGGCCAUUGGAGACCUGCAGAAGAUACCAAGCUUAAGGAACUCGUUGCCCAUUAUGGCCCUCAAAACUGGAACCUUAUAGCUGAGAAAUUAGAGGGCAGAUCAGGUAAGAGCUGCAGAUUGAGAUGGUUUAAUCAGUUGGAUCCAAGGAUAAAUAGAAGAGCUUUUACAGAAGAAGAAGAAGAAAGAUUAAUGCAAGCUCAUAGACUUUACGGCAACAAAUGGGCCAUGAUAGCCAGACUUUUCCCUGGAAGAACUGAUAAUGCUGUGAAGAAUCAUUGGCAUGUUAUCAUGGCUAGAAAAUAUAGAGAACAAUCAAGUGCUCAUAGGAGGAGGAAGCUAACUCAAUCAGUCUACAGAAGAUCGGAGGAAACUUCAAGCUUUCUCUGCAGAGAUCCAGCCACAAGAUCAGAACCACCACCACCGCCGCCGCCAACAUACUGUCUUAACAUCCCCAACGCUGUUGGGCUAACCAAUCUAUCUCCUUAUCCUGUUGGACCCUUUAAUGGUGGAGUUGAUUAUGGCUUAAAUGGAUCAAGAAUCCAGCUCCCUCUGACUGGGUUUUGUGCACAGCAGACUCCUUUUGAUUUCUUCCCUGGUCCCAAGAGCAAUGACAUGAUAGGCAGCAUUUUCAGCCAUAGGCCAGCUGAUGAACCCCACAAUUCUAGUUUCUACCCUCAAAGACACCAUGACACAAUGGCAAUGCAACAGUCAAAUUAUCAAACACCUUAUUAUUUAUCAGCAUCAACACCACCACCGCCACCACCACCGCCACCACCUCAAGUUUCAGCAACUGAACCUUCGCCAUCUUCUUCAUCAUCAUCAGUAGCAGAGAACACAAGAACCGUCCAUUUCGAGACUAUUCCACCGCCACCAUUCAUUGACUUUCUUGGAGUUGGAGCCACUUGAAAAAGCUGAAAAGGGUUUGUUUUUCUUUUAGCUCAGAAGAUCAGGGGGGCUUCAUGUGGGUGUGCUCCAAAGUUAAUUGAAAGGCCAUUAGAGGUAAAAACAUAAGAAAAAAAGAUUUUCCAUUUGUUAAGCAUUAAUGAUAAAUCUUUUAAUGUCAUGUCAUUACAUCGUUCUCGUUUCUUGUAAGAAGUUGUGUGGUGAGACAUGAGACCCUUUCAGACACAAAAUAAAUCUUAAUUUCAUUUACUCUC